UCCACCAGCGCAGGGGGCACCAAAAUGUCAGCCGAAGAGAAGACUCCGGAAACAUGGAGCCCCAGAGUGCAGCUGAAGAGCCCACCCUACCCGUUUCCGACCGGUCUGGAUUUCCCAGCCCCUCCUCCUCCCCCCUCUGGACGCAAGCUGCUGAUAAUGACGGUGGGAGCGGUGACGGCCCUCGCAAUCAGCGUCCUGGGAGUUCUGCUGGCCACCUACCUGGGGCGGGCGCACUGCAGCCAGAGGGACAUGUCAACCUUUUUGCCGCCACAGCUGAAUGUGCAGAAUGAGGCAUCCCUCCUGCUGGCGUUCAGCGAGCUCAGCGAUCAAGGCUCCUCCCCCGGCAUCACCUGUGACCUUAAAAAUCACCUGAUGGUUUAUCACGGGCAGCCCGAGGGAUGCGUCGCCCGGAAGAUGGACUCUGCGGAGAGCCUCCCGCCAUGCCAGGACCUUGAGAUCUACUUCCAAGCCGUGCUGAAGAAUAUCACGCUGGGUUUGUCGCUGGAUGUCCAGGUUGUCGGGGUAGGAUCAUUGGGCAGCUUGGUGACCCUCCUGUGCAACAACAAGCCGACAUACUUGGUAACCACCCUCCCACCUCCCAGCAGAGGGCACACCAGUCUGCCGGCCUGAUGGGUGUUCUGACCCGGCUUGGAAUCCGCCUUCCCGUCUGUGUAUAAUAUGCCUAGAACCACCAUAGUGCCAUCCGGCUACAGCCGCCAACAUAUACCGGAGCUUCUGCCUGCUAGGAUGCUUGAUGUGUACCUGUCUCUGGGCACAGCCAGUACCAGCAAGGCCGACAUCUAUCAA